UCGAAGCCUCUUAAAAUGGCAGAUGAUUUGGACUUCGAAACAGGAGAUGCAGGGGCUUCAGCCACCUUCCCAAUGCAGUGCUCAGCAUUACGUAAGAAUGGAUUUGUGGUGCUCAAAGGCCGGCCAUGUAAGAUUGUCGAGAUGUCUACUUCCAAGACUGGCAAGCAUGGUCAUGCCAAG